AACAGUGAGGGGUGGGAUCUACUUCUCUAGCUGAAGGACCGCGAGAGCUAUGGCUGCUGUGAGGUCUGACCCGCGGCGCUUGGGCUUCGUGGGUGCGGGCCGAAUGGCAGAGGCCAUAGCGCAGGGCCUCAUCCGAGCAGGCAAAGUGGAAGCUCAGCAUGUGCUGGCCAGUGCACCAACAGACAGGAACCUCUGCCACUUCCAGGCUCUGGGCUGCCAGACUACCCACUCCAACCAGGAGGUGCUGCAGAGGUGUUCAGUAGUCAUCUUUGCUACCAAGCCUCAAGUCCUGCCAGCUGUCCUCGCAGAGGUGGCCCCUGUAGUCACUGCUGAGCACAUCUUGGUGUCUGUAGCUGCUGGAGUCUCUCUGAGCACCCUAGAGGAGCUACUGCCCCCCAAAACACGAGUGCUCCGGGUAUCACCCAACCUGCCCUGUGUAGUCCAGGAAGGGGCCAUGGUGAUGGCACGGGGCGUCCACACUGGGAACAAUGAGGCUAAACUCCUGCAGAACUUGCUAGAGGCCUGUGGGCAGUGCGAAGAGGUGCCUGAGGCCUACGUGGACAUCCAUACAGCCCUGAGUGGCAGUGGUGUAGCCUUUGUGUGCACAUUCUCUGAGGCCCUGGCCGAAGGUGCUAUCAAGAUGGGCAUGCCUAGUAGCCUGGCCCACCGCAUUGCUGCCCAGACCCUGCUGGGAACAGCCAAGAUGCUACAGCAGGAAGGGCAGCAUCCAGCUCAGCUGCGAACAGAUGUACUCACACCGGCCGGCACCACUAUCUAUGGCCUCCAUGCCCUGGAGCAGGGUGGGCUUCGAGCAGCUACCAUGAGUGCUGUGGAGGCUGCUACUUACCGGGCCAAGGAGCUCAGCAAGAAGUAGGGCCCAGCCUCAAAGAGGCCACCUUCUUGCCCAGCCAAAGUCCACAAGUGCAGAACACCACCCUGUAUGGUCCCCUAGUCCUCCCUUUACCCAUUCCCUAAGGACCAAUUCUGUGUCCAUCCCAAAUGAAUGUCUCCCCUCCUCUUACACAGGAAAAUGCAGCCCCACGUAUGCAGGCCUCUUCCCAUCAUGGGGUGGUUCAAUACCUGAAGAGCCCACUGUAUUGAGUGAUGUUGCUUUUCAGUUUCCUGCAAUUUGGGGGCAGUUUGAGCUGUGAGCAGAGCUGCUGGCCACAAAAGCACCUGGUUUGGAGAGUAUUUCCUUAGAUUUCCCAGCAGCUCCCUGGACUAUAGCUAUAGUCCUAUGACUAGUCAUUCCAACUCUAGGAACAGCCACAAGGACAUAUGGCAUAUAUGCAGGAGAUACUCUUCCCCCUCCAUAAAGCCAGUCAUCUUGGCCUGGCCCCCACAGGGAGCUGGAGCAUCUUGCCAGCCCUGAGCAGCAAGGUGGUAUGGCCUUCCCAUGGCUGAGGAGGCUGCCCUCAGGAAGCUACUGCUAUGCUGCAGCACUAGGACAGCACCAGGUGGGCAGUGAGCAGGUAGAAGAGUUGCUUGAGGUUUGGGGGGUGGGCCCCAGUCAGCUGAAAGACUGUAUCCCUGCCUCCACCUCAAUGUAGGCCCCCUUCCACCUGCAGGUCCUAAGCUCCUGGCACAUGGUCAGGUAGAGCUGGACCCUAACAACCCUCCUCAGAAAUCCUAGGCCCUGUGCCCACAUGGGCCUCUGUGGGACUGGACCAUUUUCAGCGUAUUACUUAACAGCAGGUCAGGAACCUAGGACUAGGAGAGGAGCAAGGCUAUGGAAUUGAGGGCUGCGACUCAGGCCACUGGAUGGGGAGGGUCCAGGUUGGCUAGCUGCAGCUGACCCCUGCAUCCAGCACUACUCCCAGUGUUUUCCUGGGCCUCCCUCACCACAGAGACCCCAGGGUGCUGUACCCUUCCUAGCUCCAGAGUAGUAGCCUUCUGAGCCUGUGCAGGAGCACCCCUACCCUGCUCCCCCAGUGUGGUUUCAGACAGCUCCUGUAGUGCCAUCUGCUAGCUGGGUGAUGUUAGGCAAGUUUAUCCUAUCUAGCCGGGUGUGGUGGCGCACGCCUAUAAUCCUAGCACUCAGGAGACUGAGGCAGGAGCACUAAG